GAAUCACUCCUCCCAAACAAACUUGCGGAACGGAGAGAGCAGCUGUACGCCACAGUCAUCUGUCAUCUUCUCCAUACGAGAUUUGAUUACAAAAGAUGACACAUCUCAUCAGCUCAAAUUCAACGGUAAUCACGCCAGUCACACGGCCAGACUAAAUCCAGCCGUUGAGACACAUUCAAGGCCGUGCGUGGACAGCCCAAAUCAAAGCAUCCGUCAAAAACACUAUACAGACAAUUCACAGCUUCAUCAACCGUCCCAGAUUAUUUGUAACUAUGACACCAGUAACUACGAUAAGAGUGACAAACAUGAAUCAAAUUUUCCUUGUUGUCUGUCACAUAGCAAUACCUUGAUUACUGAAAACAGCGAGAGUUCGCCGAAACUUACAAAUGGUAAAAGUAACUUCAGAUCAAGACAGAGACUUAGUUUCCCAGGCAGUUUGCCAGUUAAGUUGAUGUUAGUAUCUGAUAGGCUCGUGAGAUCAUUCCUUAACAGUCGCGGUGAGCACUCUCGGGUCAGAUCAUGUCAAAGCUUACCGGACCUUGCCUUUACGCAGCAACGAACAACUGAACGGCCACCAUCUAAGGUGAGCGAGUAUCUUGAUGUACACUUGGCACAAAGUGUUCCAAUAUGUGGGCCAGGCAACACAAAGAUGACGGGAAGGUGUGUGAAUAAUAAACGAAUGAAACAAGAUGAAAAGUCCGAACCAACACCUCAUGCGUCAGUCUCUGCUGCGUCGAUGGAUACAAAAUGUCGGAGACUAGAGGCCAGCCAUGUUCAUCAGGUG